UCAAUUUUUAGUCACCAUUUAAUCUCGUACAACACGUCCGUCGGAUAUGGGUAUAUUUCAUUGAGAAAGAAAUAACGGGGAGAAAAUAACGACCAAAAUGAUUGGGAAGAAUUUUUUUUCGUUUCUAUUCGUCGCGUCGAGUUGCAUCUCGCAAAUUCAGGGAUUGAUUUGCCACUUGGAAGGAGCCGAAGUCGUCUUCAUGGAUCCGGAAUAUUUCGACGAGGAAUCCAGCGAGAUCGAAAUUAUAUAUUUGAAUAGCACGUUCAGCGGACUAUCGAGCAAUUUCACACUCAUAAAACAACUACCCGAUUCGGUUAUGGGUCAUUUCAAUCUCUAUUUAAAAUCUAUGGGUGACUACACGGUAUCCGGUGGUAUAUCCGUAUCGAUGCCCUUGUGCGAAAUGACGAACGAGCCCAUCGUGAUGGGAAAAAUUUUGAGCUUGCUGGGAGUUACCGCCGACAGAUGUCCUCCACCACCGGGAUUAUACGGGAUGCCUUUUUGGUCGCCGACGGUCGAUUUACUGCCCGAUUCGAUGCCGGGAAACGACUAUAAAGUUUCCUUCGCUGUGGAGAGUGACGGUGAUAGGGUUUUAUUAGACUUGGCCAUAUACGCCCAAGUGUUUUGAAUGAAUUUUCAUUUAUUCUUUAAAAAAAAAAAAAAAAAAAACGUGAUGAACGUAUAUUCUUUUACGUCGGUCGUAACGCGUCUCAAUUUAUGUACGUAUAUACUUGGAGUUUUGAAAAAUGGUUAAGAAUAAUGAAGAGAAAAAAAGAGAGCAUUAUAUUGCUCUAAAAAAUAUACAUUUUAUCGUAGA